ACCUGGCCCUAUAGCGUACUUUUGCCGUUUGUCAAAUUCUAUUUGUGGCUGUAUUCGAAAUUGUGUUGACGAGUAUUAGCGAUAUGACCUAUUAUCCACUAUGUUAUUUUCCGGCUACAUAAUUAUAUAUACGUAUAUCAGAGCUUUAUAUUAUUUCGACUGAUUGGUCCAGCUAGUGCAUGAACUUUAAAACAAGCAUACGCUAUCUCAUAUAGCACUUCAGGCGAUAAGAUUUGCUUGAGUGCAGGUAAAAGGAAAUGCAAAUUAGGUAUAAUGAGUGUUUUAUAGUGCAACUCUCGACCAUAAAACUCUUAUAACGAGUCAGUGCUUCUUGUUGGCACGAACGUCAAUUUAAGCGGCCUCAUUUCGCUGAAAUUUCCAAACUUUGCUAUUCGGUGAACAAGCCUGGUUUAAUAUGGCCAGAAGUAUCUUUUGUCUUAUAAUCAUGUUAUUCUGCUCAUCGUUAAAAACAACGUCAGCGAGAGGUAGUGUACUGAACGACACUUGCUUUGAGGAUUGCGUGAAGUUACUUCGUGAAACUGCCGAGGUACGCGACGAUAAACUAUGCCCGAAGAAGAUAGAAACGUUCUAUGAAGAAAAGAAGACUUGCCUUCUAAAUUGCAACAAUAUCUCCUCCAUCGUAACAAAUGACACAGACUAUUCUAGAGAUACAGACUUCGUUCAAGCUCCCAGUUCACCACUGCUGUAUCUCUCUGAUUAUAAUUCUAUAACGUUAAAGUGGAACACGUCGCGGAAGGUGAUAAACGAGGUCGCGUUUUACAUAUUGCAAAUUCAUCCUGACUUCGAAUCACUGAAAGAUCCUUUAGAGUUACCCCCUUCCAUUCCAAGAUAUGCCAUGGUUAAAGUAACAAGACACACGAAUUCGCAAAGAUUUACUGUCGAGAAUCUGGUCAAUGGAUUCAAUUACAAAUUUCGUGUUGCUGAAGUUGGUUUAAAUGGAACGAGCAGUGAAUAUAGCGAAUGGAGUUCAUGGUAUUCAACAAGCAGGGAGUGCAACAGGACGAGUAAAAUUGUGGACGGUCUAUAUGGGUCGUACGAAGUGAUUUUACCAUGUUCCCUCAGUAGAAUCACUCUUAAUGUCGCAAUAAAAGCUGUUGGAAAGAACCCGGUGGUGUUGGACGCAAUGUUGAAUUGGAAAAACCCUCCAGGAUUCACUGAAUUUGGACAAAUCGUAAAAGUGACUGUUGAACUUCUUCAGCACGAAGACAAGACAAUUGAUGCAAUGUGUGCGCACUAUCACGACAGCGAUUUUAAAAAAAAUGUUUUUCCCAUGGAAAAUACUACUUCAUUACUUUUGCCAAGUGAAAGCGAGAGUGCAAGAUUGGGCGAUUGGAGAAAGCCUACACUUCAUUUUGGAUGUAGCUACAUUGUAAAGUUCAAAACAGAACACUUUAAGAGUCCGAACAGUUUUGAAACAACGACCACGUUUAGAAUUCCAGAGUGUUUGCAAGGUGUCAGAUCUUGCCCUGUGGCGAAUACAAGAGGUAUUAAUUCCGGUGCUGUUGCUGAAAAAUCGUUCUCCAAUGGUAAUGGCAACUCGUCGUACGCAGCAAAUAUCUCUUGGAACGCGGAAGGAUGGUUAAAAACACACAAAAUAGAAUAUUUCCACGUAACUGUUGAAAAAUGGCCGCGCAAUUCCAGAGGAUAUCAUCAUGAUGUGGAUGUUCAAGCGAAAGAUGGAGUUGUCUUCUACCAUACUACGUCUUAUAAUAUGUCCGAAGGAAACUACAAAGCUGUGGUUAAAGCCUAUCAUGGAAUGAACUGCAUUCACGAUAUUAUUGAAACAAGAAUAUUCCAAAUUCAAAAACCAUGCAGCCAAGGGUGUACAGAAAAUGCUACUUGCAUGCCACGUGGUGUUCUUGAUGGGAGUGCAAAGUGUACAUGUAUAGAGGGAUAUACAGGCAAUGGAACAGUAUGCACAGCAAUGACAUCUCUUGAAAGUAUGGCAUCGCAAGGCAAGAAAGAGGAGGUCAAUGUCACCGCAAUUGUUGUUCCUGUGGCAUUUGUACUUGCCUUGAUUGCGUCAAUAUUCGCGCUAAUAUUUUGGAAUAUCAGGAGAAAAAACAAGUUGUUGCUAAAUGUGAUCGAAGCCCACGCGGCGUCGGCAAUUUCACCAUCUCCGUCAAACACGAAUCUCUAUCAGCAUUGUCCGCCACGUUUCAACUUCGGGGAAAUAUCAUCCAAAGAAAACGAAGUUGAAAUGGACGAAAAAGAGGUGAAUGUAAUUUAUGUUCCCCAAGAGAUCCAAGAUGCGAUAAACCACGGUCUAACAGACGGAUAUGAAUUCAAUGCCGAGCAGAUUAAGUUCGAAGAAUGUCUUGGUAAAGGCGCAUUCGGAUAUGUGCAUCGUGCCCGAGCUCUGGGAAUAACAGCGGAACCUGAGUGGACACUGGUCGCUGUGAAGACGUUAAGCGAGCCCGUCACAGAAAAAUCUAUAGAAGAUUUUAUAGCUGAGAUAGAGCUGAUGAAGAAACUCGGUGAACAUGAAAAUACUAUUCAAAUGCUCGGGUGCUGUACUUUGACAUUACCAAUUGGUCUAAUAAUGGAAUAUGCUCCGCAUGGGAACCUACUGACCUAUUUAAGAACAGUUAAAACCAAGAAUAGUGGUAUCGAACAAGAAUCCUGUUGUGACGAGAAGCUGCCUUUAGGAGAAAAUAUGGUCGCAGAAAAGGAAAGUGACAAGAUUAAUACAGAAAGUGCACUAGAGAUGGAUAUAUGCCUCGAAUCAUUUGCUCUUCAAAUUGCUAAUGGAAUGACAUAUGUGGCCGGACGUGGAAUUGUGCAUCGUGAUCUUGCCGCAAGAAAUAUUCUCAUUGGCAGAGAUCAUAAACUAAAGAUAUCCGAUUUUGGUUUGUCAAAAGAAGGUGUAUAUGUAAAAUCAACUAGUGGAAAGAUUCCUUUGCGAUGGUUGUCGAUUGAAGCCAUCCGCGAAAGGCUUUAUUCUAGCGCCAGUGAUGUUUGGUCGUAUGGAAUUGUACUCUGGGAAAUUUGCACAUUAGGCGAUUUUCCAUACCCGUCACUGUCAGAUAGAGAAUUACUAAAGUACUUGGUGGGUGGGGAGAGAAUGGAAAAACCAAGUAACUGCACAGAUGAAAUGUACUCCAUAAUGUUAGAAUGUUGGCAGGCAGAUCCUGAAGAUAGACCAACAUUUUCUUAUUUACGUGACACACUUUGGAAGAUGAAUAAAGGCGAGACUCCUUACGUUAAUGUUGAUCCAAUCGCUGCGGACCAAGGAGAUAACAUUGAAAGUAAAAAGGCGAUUGUGACAUGAUAAGUUUUAUAUUUAUGUAUACAGAGUUUUAUAUAAUUAUACAAAGUGACCUGAUAAGUUUUAUAUAUACAGAUAUGUGCACAUAUGAAAUUUAUACUGAAAUGUUUCAUAGAAACUAUGAAAGACUAUAAUUAUAUAGCUAUGCUGCAUACAGCCAGGGCAUAGCAAUGACAUAGGAGGGGUCGGGAUAGCAAAGAACUGCCAAAGAGUGCUACUAAGAUAUCCUAUGUCAUUUUCAAGAAAAUUUCUUCAGAUUGUCGAAAUAGCUAGGCGGUUUAUAUACAUGGCAUGAUGAUGAUCCCCAGUGGCGUAGCCAGCCUGACAAUUUUUUCCCGCUAUGUAAAUUAUAAUUAUUCAUCCAUCGUAAUUAUCGCUAC